AUGGCGAAGAAGAAGCAUGCAUCAAAGAGGCUCCAAAGAAAGGAGAAAAGAAUUGUCAAGUUUAACUUCUACAUUCCUCCAGAAGUAUGUGAGAAUAUUCUCGUCAGGGUGGAUGUCAAGAAUCUCUGCAGAUUCAAGUGCGUCUGCCAUGGAUGGUAUGAUCUGAUCUCCAGCUCUCGUUUCACCAAGAAACAAUUUGAGCUAUUAAAACCAGACCCCGAGCGAAACCCUGAUCGAAUAUUCAUGAUCUACCCACAUGCCACCAUUGAUAUGAAUGCUUGUAUUGGCAGCCAAAAAUACAACGACGGCAGAAAUCUGAUGAAUAAAAAGGUUCGCUAUCCAAAGCCGUCUUCUUUCGGUUCUUUGCGAAUCAUGGGUUCUUGCGAUGGCUUAGUAUCCUUGAUGAGUGAAUACAAUAAAAACAAGGUUAUAUUGAUGUGGAAUCCUUCCACAAAAGAUUUACUUACUUUAGAUGUGCCUGAAUCUGAAUCCGUUGGUUAUGGUCAUGAGUUUUAUUGGUUUGGCCACAAUGAUUGCAGCAGUAAUAAUGGUAGUUACAAAUUAGUUUUAUGCCUUCGCACCACUUUGUAUAAUCCUAUUUAUACAAUAUAUGUACUCAACUCAAACUCGAACUCGAACUCGAAUUCGAGCAGAAGUUUGUACCACUGGACAAGGACUGCCGAACUGCAACUAAUAUCACAAAUGCCUUAUGGACGGAGAUUGCAUGGAUGUAGGGGCACCUUACUAAACGGCAUAGUUCAUUGGCCAUCAUAUUGCGAGGUGACUGCUUAUCAUCUAUCAGAAGCCACAGUUAGGAGGAUAGCAGUGCCCAGUAUCAAUCAUGGUGAUGGUCAUGGUUGGGAUCAAUGCUUUACAUUGGGGGUUUUUGAUGGAUGCCUUGGUGCAAUUUGUAAGCCGCCUGAGAAUAAAUUCGAAAUAUGGAUAAUGAAAGAAUACGGCGUUGGUGAAUCAUGGACUAAGUAUGCGCAAGUAGAAUGGUUUACGAAAUCCAAAUGUUUGAGGCCACUAGGGUUUUUGAAGAAUGGAGAGAUGAUGGUGGAUAUUGAUGGCAGGACUUUGGUGAGGUAUAGUAAUAAUUGGAAGACUGGAAAAGUUGUUAUAUCUCACAGUCACAGGUCGAAUGACUCAGAUGCAAUCACAUACGUCCCAAGUUUUAUUUCACCGAAGGAAAUUGAAUUCAAGUAG